CUCCUCUUUUGGCUGGACGGUGCACAGAAUACACGUUUCAACAUCUACUCUGCAGGUUUGGACGGUCGCAACCACCGACUGAUUUGGAACGGCGUCGGCAUUGUCAUGAGUCUUUCGUUAGACUAUACCACUGAUCGACUUUACUGGCUGAAUUGGGUAACCAGAUGCAUCGAGUCCAUCUCAUUGAAUGGCGAGCCGUGGUUUGCCAUAAACCCUAUCUUGCCAGGCAGUUCCGACAGUCUUUUAUCAACACACCCUCGACGCAAACCAGACGGAACUGACUUUUUCAACUCCCUACCCCCGAAAGACUUUCAUCCCUAUGCAAUCGAUGCUUACCAAGGGGCUGUGCUCUUCUCAGAGGUUAGCAACAUUGAUAAUUCUCCCUGCUACGUAAGCCGUCCAUAG